UCCACGCCUAUUUUUAAAGGACAAGAAGGCGUGUGCAAGUCAAGAUGGUCAAGGUACUACCAGCAGCUUUCACUCUUUUUGAGCGUCAGAACAUCUUCAACGCUCCAGCAGAGCCACUCUGCGUUCACUGCUCAGAAAAAUACGUCUUCAUAGCUUGCGAGGGAUGCCUCAUAGAAGCCCACGACCUGCAGAAGAACGAGAAAAUGGCCCGAAUGAGGACCAUCCAACCAGUAUCAGAGCUGGUCUAUAACCCGCUGGGGGACUGUAUAGUGUCUCUUGAACGACGUACUCCUGAUUCACCAGCUACUGUACGGAUAUACUUUAAAUGGAGGAUCAUACGAGAGCUUGAAACGCCCACGCGUGUAAUUAGUCUUACGACCCCGUCCCAAACCAGCGGGGGUCCGAUGAUUCUUCCCCCAGUGGUCGACGCCGAAAUAUUGGAGCUACCGGUUGAGGGAGUGUCCUGUCUCGCUGUUUGCCAGUUGACGGGGACCAUAGCCGUGGGUAGUGAGAAAAGGGUCCACCUGUUCACACUCCAGAGGGGAAGAGGGGAUGUUCCCUCGGCCUCCCUCUCCACGGGGGGAUUUUGUAUCGUCACUUACAUGGACGUCAUCACUGACAUGAAAUUAAAAAAGAUUUGCAUCUGCGGGCAUUACCUUGCAUGCGUUUCCACACAUCGGGUCCGGGUAUUGAAAAUUUUAAUGUUGGGCCCCCCGGGGGUCGAGCUCCCUUGGGAGCAAUUUCAAUUGGACUCGUCUCGUACAAGGACCCGGAAACAACCCCCUGACCAUAAAGAACACGGCCACGAAGAAUAUAAAAACGAUGAGGAUUUUCUCUGCUGGUCUCCAUCGUAUGUUUGGGAGACAGAAGCAAGAGGGCGGAGUAGUGUCGAACCAUCUACCACUCCCACCUCUUCACUGGACGAUAAAACAAAGCCAAACCUGCCACGCCCUUUUCUAAAAGACAAGACCACACCCCUCAUCGGUACUAUAAGCAUCUCGAGCAUUUCCUCAUCUUCGUCCUCCUUUAAAAAAGACUCAUCUAAAACCGAGCUUGAGAUAUUAGGACCAGUUGAAUACAUAUGGGGCCAGCCGGUAUCCGUUGUACUUCACGGGGACACAGGGGGUGGGGCUAAUGAAGAAACCAAGUGCUGGGUCGUUACCAUGUUGUAUCGGAGACUGGCUUCGUCAGGGUUUUCUUACGUUCACACGAGUUCUUCGUUGUCCGGAGCUAACAGUGAGACUAGGGAUAGAUCCAGCAGUGUUGAUGGAGCCCCUGGUUGGGAUAGUGUCUCUGCUCCUUAUACUAAAUCAAGAACCAAAGGAGGAAUACACAGCGUACAGCUAGUACCAACAUUCACUAAUGAAGAUUCUUUUGGUGAGAGGAAGUUGGUUGGGAUGUCUUGUUUAUUUGCUAACAGGUCCAAGGGUUAUAUUUACGACGUUUUCAAUAAAACAAAACAAGUCACAGUUCUAUCCUUUAUGACAAGAUGUCAGACAAUGUCGUAUGAUGGCCAAUUUCUUCACUCAUUAUCAACUGAUGCAGAGUCACUGGAUAGUUACACCUGCAGGAUCAGUGCUAGUGUGUUGGCUAAUAAACCAGUGGCCUCUGGACACAUUAACACUACACAAUGGCUCAAACAACCUUGUCCUCCUUCCUCUCUUGAGUUGACUCUCAUUUCUUCCAAUAAGUUUCUCGGUUGCAUGGCCCUGACAUCAUCCACUGAUCAUGUUGUUGUAUUCUGCAAGGAUACCUCACCUGAUACUAGCCCAGCAUCAAGCGAGAAACCAUCCUUCCUGCAAUCUCUUUCCUUAAGACGUCCUAAAGUGUUAUCAACAGUUGCUUGGAAUGUUUAUGUAUUAGUUAAGAAACCAGUUACUGACAUGUUCCAGCAGUUUUCUGAAUCAGCCCAGUCAUUAGGUGCUGGUAUUCCUCCAGUAUUGCAGCAUCAUCUAUCAGAAGCUCACAUUCUACUGAGAUCACUAAUUAUUGAGAAUGAUGAUUCUUCUGGUGAACUAUCAGAGAAGUUGCGUCGGAAUUGUUUUGAUCUUGCCGACUCGUUCUGUCUCUACUCCGUGGGAGAAAAGACACUCAAUAAUGCAGCUGCUUAUUUUGUGCUGUCUGGCAAACCAAUCAGUGACGUGAUACAACAUAUUAAAGAUAAAUAUUCUGAGGCUCCGACUACCACUCCUUUUGAUAUUUUAAUGAAAUAUUUAAACUUGGUUCUUUUCGAGCCAAAAAACAGGCUGGACCAGCUUGACCAGUUGCAACCUUUAGUUAAUGAUGUUCUUCAGUUGUAUGCGAAGUAUGAUCCUGAACGUUUGGGGGAUUUUCUGCUUGAUUCAUGGUUGCAAGUUGAAUCAAAAGAAAAAGCUCUUGAAUUUUGUGAAUUACUACUUACAAACUUAUCACAACAAGAAAAAACCAAGAAUAUCACUAGCAUGGCAAUGGUAAAGAUCCUUUGCGAUUUAAAUGACAGAGAAAAAGCUUUCAAGACACUUGCUAAUGUAACCGACUCCUUUCUCCUCUCCUGGUCAAAGGCCAACCCUCAGUUUCUGCUAAGUAGAGAUAGCACACUGACACUAUUAGGACAAGUUAUAAUGAGCAAAUUGAACGAGUCAUUUCUCUCAUUCUUUUCGUAUUUAUUUGAAAACGACCGAAUAUCAUUAGACGUUGUCAUUACGGCACUUAAAGUAAGCACCUAAAGUACUGUAAUAUUUCUCAAAUUAACUUGUGUGGUUAAAGUACAUAUAAAUGUAGAUGUACAGUUAAAAUUCAUAUACGUUUAUUGCGAUAUUUUCUAUGCGUGUCAAUAGUGUGCGGCAUAUUAAUUGACAGUUGUCCUUUUGUCCUUUCUUUAAACAAGCUCUGAUCAAUACAUUGUAUCAAAAGCUAGUGUGUGUACUUUAUGAUGUGUUACCUUGUACGCUUCUAUAACGAUCGUUCGUUCUUUU